UUAAUUGACCUGAGACAACAAAGGCUUUUUCUCAAAUAAAAUUUGCCAAAAAAGACAAAAGUAUGUGAAAAUAUAAUUCUAAGUAUAUUUUAAUAUUACGGCGGUUCCAACAAAAUAUUUAAAAAGGGUCACUAAUGAAAAUAGUGCGUUUUUGACAAUUGACAGCACCAUUUUGAAUUUGACAUUUUUGACAAUGAUGCGUCUAACCUAUAUAUCCUAACCUUACCCACUUCUUUGUCGUAGACGAUUCUAAUAAACAUAAUUAUAUUUUGGAUAGGCAUUAAAUAAAAUUUAAGAAUCUGUAUAGUUUUUUAGUAUGAAAUGAUUGAUACUUGUUUUAAUUAAGUAGCCGAAAAACAUUAUCAAUUAAUUGACUGCGUGGUAAAUAGUUGUCAGAUAAACUCGCCGAAUCAUGGGGAUUUUAGAGAAAAUAUCAGAAAUUGAGAAAGAAAUCGCGAGAACACAGAAAAAUAAAGCUACUGAAUAUCACUUGGGUCUCUUAAAAGCCAAAUUAGCAAAAUAUAGAUCACAGUUGCUGGAACCUUCAAAAAAAGGUGGAGACAAAGGUGAAGGUUUCGAUGUGCUAAAGUCUGGUGAUGCUCGAGUUGCUUUGAUAGGCUUUCCUUCUGUGGGUAAGUCGACCCUUUUAUCGACCCUCACUCACACACAUUCAGAAGCAGCAAGUUAUGAAUUCACAACGCUGACAUGUAUACCUGGAGUUAUAGAAUAUCGCGGUGCCAACAUACAAUUGUUAGAUUUGCCUGGAAUUAUUGAAGGUGCUGCUCAGGGCAAAGGUAGAGGAAGACAGGUUAUAGCCGUAGCACGUACUGCAGACUUGGUAUUAAUGAUGCUGGAUGCUACAAAACCAUAUGUGCAUAGACAACUUCUAGAAAAAGAAUUAGAGAGCGUCGGCAUCCGUCUGAAUAAACCUAAACCUAAUAUUUAUUUUAAGGUGAAAAAAGGUGGUGGCUUAUCAUUUAACUCAACUUGUCAACUAACUAAAAUUGAUGAGAAAAUGGUGCAAAUGAUCUUACAUGAAUACAAGAUAUUUAAUGCUGAGGUUCUGUUCCGUGAAGACUGCACACCGGACGAGCUCAUAGAUGUUAUACUCGCGAACAGAGUGUACCUGCCCUGCCUCUACGUCUACAACAAGAUAGAUCAGAUCUCCAUCCAGGAAGUCGACAGGAUAGCGAGACAACCGCAUUCUGUAGUCGUUAGUUGUAAUAUGAAACUGAAUUUGGAUUAUCUGCUAGAGAUACUCUGGGAAUAUCUGUCUCUUAUCAGGGUAUAUACCAAAAAGCCUGGACAGCCCCCAGAUUUUGAUGAUGGACUUAUCCUGAGAAAGGGUGUGACCGUGGAGCACGUCUGCCACUCCAUCCACCGGACCCUGGCCGCCCAGCUGAAAUACGCGCUGGUGUGGGGCACCAGUACCAAGUACUCUCCGCAGCGUGUCGGCAUCAACCACACCGUCAACGAUGAAGAUGUCGUCCAACUUAUCAAGAAAUAACCUCACGCGUGUCGUAUUGUUCACCCACGAUCCUAUUAAUUUCAUGUUGACAACCAUUUUAAACCUUAUAUCGUUCAAUUUUAAUAAGCAACUGCCAUUAAUAAAAACACUGUUGAAAGUAAUGUUAAUUAAAUUAAAAUUAUCAUUAAAUCAGUGCUGUUGUGAAAAAUUUAUUAUAAUACAGUUAAAGGACACUAGAGAUAAUUGAGUAGACUAUUAUCAAAGCCGGCAAUGUGACUUUUGGACAAUUAUUGGUAAAUCAGAAAAACGAAUUAUUGACUUUGUAUUUCAUUGGCAGUCACAAAACUCUUCUGAACGACAUCUUAGAUAAAUAACAGGUUAAGUAUUAACCUUUAUUUAAUGCAGGUUUUGAACCGUAUUCUUUGAAGGAGACGAUUAUAUUCAAAUCAAUCUGUAUUGACAUAUCAAUAACAUUUUUUUGUCCAAAUGCACAGAUUGCCACCUUUGAUAAUAGACUACUCAGUUAUACUUUGAAAUUGCUGCUCGAACUUUACAAAACUUCAGUGACCGCCAUUUCAUUAUUGAUGACGUCAUUUGUGGGGCAUAAUAAACGAGUUAUACACUCUAAUAUAAAACGAUUGGCCACAUCUGAAAACCACGUUUGGUAAAUUAAAUAGCCUAGCGUGAAGAACGAAUGCAAAAUAUUAGAAUUUAUUAGAUUUCAUUCAAGGGCUCAAUUCCCACUUCGGGCUAUUAUAUGAGGAACCAGUUUAGUAUUUGAAACACAUGUAAUUAUGUUAUAGAUCCCUGGUUCCUAUAGUAAAAUGAACCAAGCUAAUUCUUGUAUUCAUACACCUAUUUUUUAGUUUGUCUAUGUUGUAUUUACUACGAAUAUAUUUGAUUAACAUUGAUAUUGAAAAGACCAAGGUAUAAUCACCAAGAGGUAUAGAAAAGUUUUGUCUUAACGAAACAGAAUGCUAAAGAAAAUACUUGGAUGAUUUAACUAUAACAAAACGAAUAAGGAAGUUAAACAUUCAAAUUUAAAAGUAAUAAAAGAUGAUUUUUCAUUAAUAUUUGGUUUUAAGUUUUGAAUGUCCAAUAAAUAAAUAGGCUGAAUUAUAGACAAUAAUAAUACUGAUUCGAUUCGUUGUAAAUGUUAUAGAUACGCGUAAUUUUUUUUAAAUUUGCUGUUCAAUUGAUUUUGUUAAUUAGAAUUUCGCGUCUCGAACGUAAAAGUUAAAUUUCUUGGGACAUUAUUUUUAAAUAGUAAUUUGAACGUUUCCAUUUCCCGUUAGUGCCUGUGCCGAGAGCCAUACAAGUUUGUUUUGGUGUUUGUACAGUUCAUAAUGUAUAUAUUACUCAUUUUUAAGCAUUGAAAUAUAUUGUUUUGAAUGAA